AUGGCGGACCCGUUCGAAGUGCGCAUGCGCUUCACGAGCCAGCUGCAGCACCUCAACGCCUCGGUCACGUCGGCCCAGAAAGCCGCCAACUAUGCCCUCAAGUACCGCGACAUGGACGAGGACCUGCACUCGUGCAUACUGGAGCAGCUGGAGCGGAAUAACAUGAACAACCGCGCCAACAUCAUGUACUUCAUCGAGCACCUGUGCGACGUCGCCCAGCGCGAGAGCCACCUCGAGUUCGUCCGCAUGAUGCAGCGCGACAUCCUGCGCGUCAUCGACGCCGUCGCGCCCCCGGACGGCUCCGGCGCCGCCAACGUCAAGGUCGUGAGGAGGGUGCUGGCCGGCCUGCAAAACAAGCAGGUCCUCCUCCCGCAAACGGUCCAGGAGCUCGAAGACUGCCUCAAGGAGCGCGACAACAUCGCCGUCGCCCACCCGGCGCUGGGGUCUCCGACCGGGGCGAACGGCGGCGCGCCCGGAAGCGGGAAGCAGACGCCGCGUGGGAACGGCGCCGUGCGGCUGGACAAGCGGCAGGUGGAGCAGCGGAUUGAGGAGGAUCGGGAGCGGCACAAGAGGUUGAGAGAGGUCAUUUGGCAGGUGGAUCCGGAAAACAAUGGGGAGUUCGAGAAGCUGUGGGAGGAGAGUAGCGACAUUGGGGAUGAUGACUAUAUCGCUGCUGAGGAAGAUGCUGAGGAGCGGAGACAGGCUAUUGCGUUUGAUCGGGAGCUUUGA